ACCGCUGCUGCUGCCGCCGCCGCUACCGCCGCCGCCACUGGUCGAGCGGUUUUUUUUUUUCUUUUGGUUUGCCGGAUCCGCCAUAUUGACGAGGACGGGUAUCCGCGGCUGCGGAAGCUAGUCUCCGCUGCCGCCGGAGCUGCAACCUCUCCUCACCCGGCCCGUUUGGGCCUCUGCCGCGCCGAGCCCCUCCCCGCCUUGCACAGCCCACAGGCCUCGCGGGAGACCGCUGCACCGCCUCUCUCUCACGGGAGGCGGCCGCCUUAGCGCCCGGUGCUCGGCUCGGCGCCGGGAGCGAGAAGGUAGCCGCAGCAGAGCGACCAGGCCUGGAGCAGGACAGAGGCGGCGUCUAGGGGAAGGUGAAGGUGCCGCUGCAGGAGGAGGAGCGGGAGGAGGUGACGCAGGAGAAACGCACCGCCCGGAGCCCUUCAGAGCUCAGCUAGAGCCCCAGCCCGAGGGGAGAAGGGGGAAGAGGGCCGCUGCCGGCCGAGGAGGAGGAGGAGGAGGAGGCGGCGGCUGCGGCCACCGCUGCUGCAGGGUGGACACGGUGAGGAGCGAAUUCCAGCGCUCGUGUGCAGCCCCUUAGUUUUAACGCCUGCACUCCCGAGCCCGGUCGCCGCAGCCUCUGGACACUUUGUCGCCCGUCACCCGCGGGCCUGGGAUGCUCCCAGGUUAGGCCUUGCCCCGGGACCGAGGUUUGCCUCCCUUUCUGCGUCCCGCCUCCGCGUGUCCCGGUUCUGAGAAGAAGACGCCUGUGUCGUGCGGAUCUUGAAAUACCUUUUCUGAUAUCUCAAGAAGACGAGAGAUUUCGUGGAUAUCUCCUCAGAGAUCAUUUUUCUUUGACGUGGUUAUGCAAUGGUCUCUGCAAGAUGGUUUAUUCUUGAAUUGGAGCUUUUUAAGACUGACAAAUGCUGGUACUUCAUCUUGUAUAAGUGGACUAUAAUUUCUUUUCUCAAGACAACUACAUAAGCAGACAAAAUUGCAAAGAUCUGCCCUGUGUCGAGUAUGACAGCCACGACUCGUGGCUCUCCAGUCGGAGGGAAUGACAGCCAGGGCCAGGCUCCUGAUGGACAGUCUCAGCCCCCCCUCCAACAGAAUCAGACUUCGUCGCCUGAUUCUUCCAAUGAAAAUUCCCCGGCAACUCCUCCAGAUGAACAAGGUCAAGGUGAUGCCCCACCACAGGUUGAAGAUGAGGAACCUGCAUUUCCACAUACUGACUUGGCAAAGUUGGAUGAUAUGAUCAACAGGCCUCGAUGGGUGGUUCCUGUUUUGCCGAAAGGGGAAUUAGAAGUGCUUUUAGAAGCUGCUAUUGAUCUUAGUAAGAAAGGCCUUGAUGUUAAAAGUGAAGCCUGUCAGCGAUUUUUUCGAGAUGGGCUAACAAUAUCAUUCACUAAAAUCCUUACAGAUGAAGCAGUGAGUGGAUGGAAGUUUGAAAUACAUAGAUGUAUUAUUAACAAUACUCAUCGCCUGGUGGAGCUAUGUGUAGCAAAGUUGUCCCAAGACUGGUUUCCACUUCUAGAACUUCUUGCCAUGGCCUUAAAUCCUCAUUGCAAAUUUCAUAUCUACAAUGGUACACGUCCAUGCGAAUCAGUUUCCUCAAGUGUUCAGUUGCCUGAAGAUGAACUCUUCGCUCGUUCUCCAGACCCUCGAUCACCAAAAGGUUGGCUAGUGGAUCUUCUCAACAAAUUUGGCACUUUAAAUGGGUUCCAGAUACUGCAUGAUCGUUUUAUUAAUGGAUCAGCAUUAAAUGUUCAAAUAAUUGCAGCCCUUAUUAAACCAUUUGGACAAUGCUAUGAGUUUCUUACUCUUCAUACAGUGAAAAAGUACUUUCUUCCAAUAAUAGAAAUGGUUCCACAGUUUUUAGAAAACUUAACUGAUGAAGAACUGAAAAAGGAAGCAAAGAACGAAGCCAAAAAUGAUGCCCUUUCAAUGAUUAUUAAAUCUUUGAAGAAUUUAGCUUCAAGGGUUCCAGGACAAGAAGAAACUGUAAAAAACUUAGAAAUAUUUAGAUUAAAAAUGAUACUUAGAUUAUUGCAAAUUUCUUCUUUCAAUGGAAAGAUGAAUGCACUGAAUGAAGUCAACAAGGUGAUAUCUAGUGUGUCAUACUAUACGCAUCGGCAUGGUAAUCCUGAGGAGGAAGAGUGGCUCACAGCUGAACGAAUGGCGGAAUGGAUACAGCAGAACAAUAUUUUAUCCAUAGUCUUGCGAGAUAGUCUUCAUCAACCACAGUAUGUAGAGAAGCUAGAGAAGAUUCUUCGUUUUGUCAUCAAAGAAAAAGCUCUGACCUUGCAAGAUCUUGAUAAUAUCUGGGCAGCACAGGCGGGGAAACAUGAAGCCAUUGUAAAGAAUGUACAUGAUCUAUUGGCAAAAUUAGCAUGGGAUUUUUCUCCUGAACAACUUGAUCAUCUUUUUGAUUGCUUUAAGGCCAGUUGGACGAAUGCUAGUAAAAAGCAACGCGAAAAGCUGCUUGAGCUGAUUCGACGUCUUGCAGAAGAUGAUAAAGAUGGUGUGAUGGCACACAAAGUGUUGAACCUUCUCUGGAAUCUGGCCCACAGUGAUGAUGUGCCUGUAGAUAUCAUGGACCUGGCCCUCAGUGCCCACAUAAAAAUAUUGGAUUAUAGUUGCUCCCAGGACCGUGACACACAAAAGAUCCAGUGGAUAGAUCGCUUUAUAGAAGAACUUCGCACAAAUGACAAAUGGGUUAUUCCCGCACUGAAACAAAUUAGAGAAAUUUGUAGUUUGUUUGGUGAAGCACCUCAAAAUUUGAGUUCUUCUCGUUUCAGUCAAACUCAGCGAAGUCCCCAUGUAUUUUAUCGCCAUGAUUUAAUCAAUCAACUCCAGCACAAUCAUGCCCUAGUUACUUUGGUAGCUGAAAAUCUUGCAACUUACAUGGAAAGCAUGAGACUAUAUGCUAGAGACCAUGAAGACUAUGACCCACAAACUGUGAGGCUGGGAAGUAGAUAUAGUCAUGUUCAAGAAGUCCAAGAACGGCUUAACUUCCUUAGAUUUUUAUUGAAGGAUGGCCAACUGUGGCUAUGUGCUCCUCAGGCAAAACAAAUAUGGAAAUGCUUAGCUGAGAAUGCAGUUUACCUUUGUGAUCGUGAAGCCUGUUUUAAGUGGUAUUCCAAAUUGAUGGGGGAUGAACCAGACUUAGAUCCUGAUAUUAAUAAGGACUUCUUUGAAAGUAAUGUGCUUCAGCUUGAUCCUUCCCUAUUAACUGAAAAUGGAAUGAAAUGUUUUGAGCGAUUCUUCAAAGCUGUGAAUUGUCGAGAAGGAAAACUAGUAGCAAAAAGGAGAGCCUAUAUGAUGGAUGAUUUGGAGUUGAUAGGAUUAGACUAUCUUUGGAGGGUUGUGAUUCAGAGUAAUGAUGAUAUUGCCAGCAGAGCUAUAGAUCUAUUGAAAGAGAUAUACACAAACCUUGGUCCAAGGCUACAGGUUAAUCAGGUGGUGAUCCACGAAGACUUCAUUCAGUCUUGCUUUGAUCGCUUGAAAGCUUCUUAUGACACGUUGUGUGUUUUGGACGGUGACAAAGACAGUAUUAAUUGUGCAAGACAAGAAGCAGUUCGAAUGGUUCGAGUAUUAACUGUUUUAAGAGAAUAUAUAAAUGAAUGUGACAGUGAUUAUCAUGAGGAAAGAACAAUUCUACCUAUGUCAAGAGCUUUCCGUGGCAAACACCUCUCUUUUGUAGUUCGAUUUCCAAACCAGGGCAGACAGGUAGAUGAUCUGGAGGUAUGGUCUCAUACAAAUGAUACAAUUGGUUCAGUUCGACGAUGUAUUCUCAAUCGCAUUAAAGCCAAUGUAGCCCAUACAAAAAUUGAGCUCUUUGUGGGCGGUGAGCUAAUAGAUCCUGGAGACGAUAGGAAGUUGAUUGGACAAUUAAACCUUAAAGAUAAAUCGCUGAUUACAGCCAAACUUACGCAAAUAAGUUCCAAUAUGCCUUCAAGCCCUGAUAGCUCUUCUGAUUCCUCAACUGGAUCUCCUGGAAAUCACGGUAACCAUUACAGUGAUGGUCCCAAUCCAGAAGUGGAAAGUUGUUUGCCCGGAGUGAUAAUGUCACUGCAUCCUAGAUACAUCUCUUUCCUUUGGCAAGUUGCAGACUUGGGUAGUAGCCUAAACAUGCCACCUCUUAGAGAUGGAGCAAGAGUGCUUAUGAAACUUAUGCCACCAGAUAGUACAACAAUAGAAAAAUUAAGAGCUAUUUGUUUAGACCACGCCAAACUUGGAGAGAGCAGCCUUAGUCCAUCUCUCGACUCGCUUUUCUUUGGUCCUUCAGCCUCACAAGUGCUAUACCUAACAGAGGUGGUCUAUGCCUUGUUAAUGCCUGCUGGUGCGCCUCUGGCUGAUGAUUCCUCUGAUUUUCAGUUUCACUUCUUAAAAAGUGGUGGUCUACCCCUCGUCCUGAGUAUGCUAACCAGAAAUAACUUCCUACCAAAUGCAGAUAUGGAAACUCGAAGGGGUGCCUACCUCAAUGCUCUUAAAAUAGCCAAACUGUUGCUAACUGCUAUUGGCUAUGGCCAUGUUCGGGCAGUGGCAGAGGCUUGUCAGCCAGGUGUAGAAGGCGUGAAUCCCAUGACAUCGGUCAACCAGGUUACUCAUGAUCAAGCAGUGGUGCUACAAAGUGCCCUUCAGAGCAUUCCUAAUCCAUCAUCUGAGUGCAUGCUUAGAAAUGUGUCAGUUCGUCUUGCUCAGCAGAUAUCUGAUGAGGCGUCAAGAUACAUGCCUGAUAUUUGUGUCAUUAGAGCUAUACAAAAAAUCAUCUGGGCAUCAGGAUGUGGGGCAUUACAACUAGUGUUUAGCCCAAAUGAAGAAAUCACUAAAAUUUAUGAGAAGACCAAUGCAGGCAAUGAGCUGGACUUGGAAGAUGAACAGGUUUGCUGUGAAGCACUGGAAGUGAUGACAUUAUGUUUUGCCUUGAUUCCAACAGCCUUAGAUGCUCUCAGUAAAGAAAAGGCUUGGCAGACAUUCAUUAUUGACUUGCUUUUGCACUGUCACAGCAAAACUGUCCGUCAGGUGGCACAGGAGCAGUUCUUUUUAAUGUGCACCAGGUGUUGCAUGGGACACAGGCCUCUACUUUUCUUCAUUACUCUGCUCUUUACCGUUUUGGGGAGUACCGCCAGAGAGAGAGCUAAACAUUCAGGCGACUACUUCACUCUCUUAAGGCAUCUUCUUAAUUAUGCUUAUAACAGUAAUAUUAAUGUACCCAAUGCUGAAGUUCUUCUCAAUAAUGAAAUUGAUUGGCUUAAAAGAAUUAGGGAUGAUGUUAAAAGAACAGGUGAAACGGGUGUUGAAGAGACUAUCUUGGAAGGCCACCUUGGGGUAACAAAAGAGUUACUGGCCUUUCAAACUCCUGAGAAAAAGUUUCAUAUUGGUUGUGAAAAAGGAGGUGCUAAUCUCAUUAAGGAACUAAUUGACGAUUUCAUCUUUCCUGCGUCCAAUGUUUACCUGCAAUAUAUGAGAAAUGGAGAGCUCCCAGCUGAGCAGGCUAUCCCAGUCUGUAGUUCACCAGCUACGAUUAAUGCUGGUUUUGAGUUACUUGUAGCAUUAGCUGUUGGCUGUGUGAGGAAUCUCAAACAGAUAGUAGAUUCUUUAACUGAAAUGUAUUACAUUGGGACAGCGAUAACUACUUGUGAAGCACUUACUGAAUGGGAAUAUCUGCCACCUGUUGGACCCCGCCCACCCAAAGGAUUUGUGGGGCUGAAAAAUGCUGGUGCUACUUGUUACAUGAAUUCUGUGAUUCAGCAACUCUACAUGAUUCCUUCCAUCAGGAACGGUAUUCUUGCAAUUGAAGGCACAGGUAGUGAUGUAGAUGAUGAUAUGUCUGGGGAUGAGAAGCAGGACAAUGAGAGCAAUGUUGAUCCCAGGGAUGAUGUUUUUGGCUAUCCUCAACAAUUUGAAGACAAGCCAGCAUUAAGUAAAACAGAAGAUAGAAAAGAAUACAAUAUUGGUGUCCUAAGACACCUUCAGGUCAUCUUUGGUCAUUUAGCUGCUUCUCGACUACAAUACUAUGUGCCCAGAGGAUUUUGGAAACAGUUCAGGCUUUGGGGCGAGCCUGUUAAUCUGCGUGAACAACAUGAUGCUUUAGAAUUUUUUAAUUCAUUGGUAGAUAGUUUAGAUGAAGCUUUAAAAGCCUUAGGACAUCCAGCUAUGCUAAGUAAAGUCUUAGGAGGGUCCUUUGCUGAUCAGAAGAUUUGCCAAGGCUGUCCACAUAGGUACGAAUGUGAAGAAUCUUUUACGACUCUGAAUGUAGACAUUAGAAAUCACCAAAAUCUUCUUGACUCCUUGGAACAGUAUGUCAAAGGAGAUUUAUUAGAAGGUGCAAAUGCAUAUCAUUGUGAAAAAUGCAAUAAAAAGGUUGAUACCGUAAAGCGCUUGCUAAUUAAAAAAUUACCUCCUGUUCUUGCUAUCCAACUAAAACGAUUUGACUAUGACUGGGAAAGAGAAUGUGCAAUCAAGUUCAAUGAUUAUUUUGAAUUUCCUCGUGAGCUGGACAUGGAACCUUACACAGUUGCAGGUGUUGCUAAGCUGGAAGGAGAUAAUGUAAACCCAGAGAGUCAGCUGAUACAACAGAAUGAGCAGUCUGAAAGUGAGACUGCAGGAAGCACAAAGUAUAGGCUUGUGGGUGUGCUUGUACACAGUGGUCAAGCAAGUGGGGGACAUUAUUAUUCUUACAUCAUUCAAAGGAAUGGUGGAGAUGGUGAGAGAAAUCGCUGGUAUAAAUUUGAUGAUGGAGAUGUAACCGAAUGUAAAAUGGAUGACGAUGAGGAAAUGAAAAAUCAGUGUUUUGGUGGAGAAUACAUGGGAGAAGUGUUUGAUCACAUGAUGAAGCGCAUGUCAUACAGGCGCCAGAAAAGGUGGUGGAAUGCUUAUAUACUUUUCUAUGAACGAAUGGACACAAUAGACCAAGACGAUGAGUUGAUAAGAUACAUAUCAGAGCUUGCUAUCACCACAAGACCCCAUCAAAUAAUAAUGCCAUCAGCCAUUGAGAGAAGUGUACGGAAACAGAAUGUACAAUUCAUGCAUAACCGAAUGCAGUACAGUUUGGAGUAUUUUCAGUUUAUGAAAAAACUGCUUACAUGUAAUGGUGUUUACUUAAACCCUCCUCCAGGGCAAGAUCACCUGUUGCCUGAAGCAGAAGAAAUCACUAUGAUUAGUAUUCAACUUGCUGCUAGGUUCCUCUUUACUACAGGAUUUCACACAAAGAAAAUAGUCCGUGGCUCUGCCAGUGAUUGGUAUGAUGCAUUGUGUAUUCUCCUUCGCCACAGCAAGAAUGUACGUUUUUGGUUUGCUCAUAAUGUCCUUUUUAAUGUUUCAAAUCGCUUCUCUGAAUACCUUUUGGAAUGCCCAAGUGCAGAAGUGAGGGGUGCAUUUGCAAAACUUAUAGUUUUUAUUGCACAUUUUUCCUUGCAAGAUGGGCCAUGUCCUUCACCUUUUGCGUCUCCUGGACCUUCUAGUCAGGCUUAUGACAACUUAAGCUUGAGCGAUCACUUACUACGAGCAGUACUAAAUCUCUUGAGAAGGGAAGUUUCAGAGCAUGGACGUCAUUUACAGCAGUAUUUCAACUUGUUUGUAAUGUAUGCCAAUUUAGGUGUGGCAGAAAAGACACAGCUGCUCAAACUAAGUGUACCUGCUACCUUUAUGCUUGUGUCUUUAGAUGAAGGGCCAGGUCCUCCAAUCAAAUAUCAGUAUGCUGAAUUAGGCAAAUUAUACUCAGUAGUGUCACAGCUGAUCCGCUGUUGCAAUGUCUCAUCAAGGAUGCAGUCUUCAAUAAAUGGUAAUCCUCCUCUUCCCAAUCCGUUUGGUGAUCCCAAUUUAUCACAACCUAUAAUGCCAAUUCAGCAGAAUGUGGCAGACAUUUUAUUUGUGAGAACAAGUUAUGUGAAGAAAAUCAUUGAAGACUGCAGUAACUCAGAGGAAACUGUCAAAUUGCUUCGUUUUUGCUGCUGGGAGAAUCCUCAGUUCUCAUCUACUGUCCUCAGUGAACUUCUCUGGCAGGUUGCAUAUUCCUACACCUAUGAACUUCGGCCUUAUUUGGAUCUCCUUCUACAAAUCUUACUGAUUGAGGACUCCUGGCAGACUCACAGAAUUCAUAAUGCCCUUAAGGGAAUUCCAGAUGACCGAGAUGGGCUGUUUGACACAAUCCAGCGCUCUAAGAAUCACUAUCAGAAAAGAGCUUACCAAUGUAUAAAAUGUAUGGUAGCUCUCUUCAGCAAUUGUCCUGUUGCUUACCAAAUCCUACAGGGUAAUGGCGAUCUGAAAAGAAAGUGGACCUGGGCAGUGGAAUGGCUUGGAGACGAACUUGAAAGAAGACCAUAUACUGGCAAUCCUCAGUACACUUACAACAAUUGGUCUCCCCCAGUACAAAGCAAUGAAACAUCAAAUGGCUAUUUCUUGGAGAGAUCACAUAGCGCUAGGAUGACACUUGCAAAAGCUUGUGAACUCUGUCCAGAGGAGGAACCAGAUGACCAAGAUGCCCCAGAUGAGCAUGAGUCACCUCCCCCUGAAGAUGCCCCAUUAUACCCCCAUUCACCUGGAUCUCAGUAUCAACAGAAUAACCAUGUGCAUGGACAGCCAUAUACAGGCCCAGCAGCACACCACAUGAACAACCCUCAGAGAACUGGCCAACGAGCACAAGAAAACUACGAAGGCAGUGAAGAAGUAUCCCCACCUCAGACCAAGGAUCAGUGAAAUGCACAUAAUUAACUGGUUCCAUCAAGACUGUGCACCCAGGCCUUACAGUCCAACCUUUUUCUGUGUCUGGCUAAUAUUUAAAACUAGAAAACUAUUCCUAAUCAACAUGGAGUGGAGAGUUUAUUCACUGUCUUAUCUGCAGAAAUUUGCUGUCAAUAUAUAACCCGCCUGCAGUGGAAAGUGUAUAGUGUUUUGUAAUAAAUGGCCUGAUGCUAAUGUGUAAAUGGCAAA